CCCCUAUCCAUAUCAAUCACCACCUCCACAAAGCUCACUGUGCAAAUCCAUGGCGUCCUGCAAAUGGGUCCCUUCGUUUUUCACAGUGUUACUGAUUCUCCCGCUUCUCAGUUCUUCAACCAGUUCUCUGAGCCCGGAAGAGUUGGCCCAAAUCCCGGUGAAGUUCUUCGACUCCGCCAAAAGGCAGGAGCUUUUCGAUUACAUGGUGGGAGUCAGAAGGACGAUACAUGAAAACCCAGAACUUGGUUUCGAGGAAUUCGAGACCAGUAAGCUUAUCAGAGACGAACUUGAUCGGAUAGCUGUCCGUUACAAAUACCCAUUUGCUGGAACUGGCGUUGUCGGCUUUGUUGGGACCGGCGGGCCGCCGUUCGUUGCGAUUCGGGCGGAUAUGGAUGCUCUGGCUAUGCAGGAGAGCGUGGAGUGGGAGCACAAGAGUAAAGUUGCAGGGAAGAUGCAUGCUUGUGGACAUGAUGCUCAUGUUGCCAUGCUUCUUGGUGCUACAAAGAUACUUCAAGAACAUCGCCACGAAUUACAGGGUACAGUUGUUCUUGUUUUCCAACCAGCUGAGGAAGGAGGUGGAGGAGCAAAGAAGAUGAUAGAUGAAGGGGCUCUGGAGAAUGUUGGUGCCAUCUUUGGGUUGCAUGUCGCUUCUGGUGACCCCAUUGGUUCAGUGUCUACCAGGUCUGGCCCUUUUUUAGCUGCCAGUGGUUUUUUUGAGGCAGUAAUAAGUGGGAAGGGGGGUCAUGCUGCCAUUCCGCAACACACAAUAGACCCAAUCUUGGCUGCUUCAAAUGUUAUCGUUAGUCUGCAGCAUCUUGUUUCACGUGAAGCCGACCCAUUGGAUUCACAGGUUGUUACUGUUGGAAAGUUCCAAGGAGGCGGUGCGUUCAAUGUCAUUCCAGAUUCUGUUACAAUUGGUGGGACGUUCAGGGCAUUUUCGAAGGAAAGCUUUAUGCACCUUAAACAAAGAAUUGAAGAGGUCAUCACUAGACAAGCCAGUGUACAGAGGUGCAAUGCAACUGUCCUAUUCAACGAAAAGGAGAAGCCCUUUUACCCUGUGGUCGUUAACGACAAAGAUCUGCAUCAACACUUCCUGAAUGUUGCAGGAGAUUUGCUAGGCCCGCGGAAUAUAUUAGAGAAGCCACCAUUGAUGGGUGCGGAAGACUUUGCAUUUUAUCAAGAAGUAAUUCCAGGAUACUUCUUCAUGGUCGGUAUGAAGAAUGAGUCUCAAGGAAAGCUCGAAUCAGGCCAUUCACCGAACUUCAGAAUAAACGAAGAUGUGCUUCCAUAUGGAGCAGCGUUACACGCAUCCUUGGCCACAAGGUACCUCCUUGAAAAUCAACCCGAAUCUACUUUGUCAAAAGGGAACUCUCAUGAUGAAUUGUGAAGGGCUAGGAUUGAUUGAUAGAGCUCAACUUAUGUAAACCACAUCAAAGUUUCGAACUUCAUGCGAAUUUGAGCAGAUUCUUCGGCAUGUAUAGCUGAAUUCAUAUAAAUAAUUUCAGCUAACCUGCUGAUGUUUAAAGCUAUAAACCUGUUUUGUUUUCAUA